CAGUAGAUGCAUAGGUAGGGAUCUCUUGCUUUCACCAGUACAGCUUUUCCGAUGGUGACUCAUGAAGUAAAGAAGAUGAUGAGAGGAAAGUGCUAGUAAUCUAUUUGUUUAUUUACUAGUUUGUUAAUCCCAGACCUUGGAUGUUGGGACUUGAAUUUGCACAUGGAUUGGGACUAUAACCCUGUGUUUUGUCCUAGACCCAGUAGAGUUCUUCAGACAGCGGAUCCAUGGCAGCUGUGGGGACAUGGGGUUUCUCUCAGCCUUCCGUGGAGAGAAUACGGUCCCUGAUUACCGCUGGAAGACACGCCACAGAUGCUGUAGAGGAGGCCAUGGCAGGUUGGCAUGAGUUGGCGUGGGUGACCCACCUACUACAGUUCCGCAAAGCAGCACGUCUUAUGUCCAUUAUGAUACUCUUGUAUUUCUUCCAGAGGUUGAAGAUGACCCAGAGACUGGGCUUCACAUUGUGGGGAGGGGAGGAUUCCCUAACAGUGGGGGAGUGGUGGAGUGUGAUGCUGCCAUCAUGGAGGGCAUCACUGGCAGGUUCGGGGCAGUCGCAGCACUACGAGGGUGAGAGAACCACCUGCUAAAACUAAUGCCAUGGCAUGGGAAAGAGAUGUCUGUGAAAAUGAAUACUCAUAGGGAAGCCCAUUAAUAAAUGCACCGGAAUGAAACUAUUGUUUCCAGGGUUGGGGCUCCGGUGCGGGUGGCUCGUAGGGUGAUGGACAGAAGCCCCCACAGUCUGCUGGUUGGGGAGGGAGCAGCAGCUUUCGCCAGGGAGCAGGGCUUUACUAUAGAGCCCAAUGACAACAUGUUGAGUGCACACUCAGCCAAGGCUUACCAGGUACCAAUACUCCCUAGGGGAAAAUGGCAUGGCUAACCAUUUUAAAUAUAAAUGACAGAUAUUGGAAAACAAAAAAAUUAUAACUCAUUCAUUCAUGCAGGAAUUUCUGGAACAGAAGCAAAGUGUCAGUGGACAUGACACACUUGGUGAGAACUGAAACUUGCUUUUUAAAAAUGUUUAUUUAUCAUGAUCUUCCUGCUCAUUGUAGAACAUUGAGUGACAGUAGAACACCUACUGUAACAUAACUGAAAACGACUGAUAAAUGUGACUGAUAUUUGUGCAUUAAAUUGUUUGGUCCUCUACGGGGAGUCCUAAUCCAUAUAAUCACAUUAGUCUGGGUUGUCUAUUACAUUAUGUAUGGAUCCCUGACCUGACACCUACUGUUUUGAAUCUGGAAUCUCUUUACAAUAGUCUUGAUUCCCCAAUCUCCAAUAUCCAAUUUUCUCAUCUAGGUUAAAUAACCCCACUUUCCCUUUUUAUAUUAUGAUUUUUUUUAUUACUGACCAUUCCUUCAAGACAUGUUGGUACAAAACAUCUGUGGAAGCAGGUCUAAAAGUGCAGGUUACAUAUUUAUUAGCACAUCUAACACCUUCUCAUCUUCCCUUUCUCAACAGGACUUAUAGCAUUAGACAACAUGGGGAACAUAACUGUUGGUGAGGAAGUUGGUGUCUUCUGUUUUUUCUCUUGCUCUUUCUUACUUAUUAUGUAAAAGACAUUGCAAGCUCCAUUCAUUGUGUAUUUAUUUUCAAAAUCUAAAGAUACUUCCAUAGUAGCUACAGUAUGAGGUUAGGUUGUAGUAUUAUGAUUCAGCUGAUUUUGCUCAUGUCCUGUUUUUCAGGAGUUUCUACUUCAGGGGCCCCCUUCAAAUCACCAGGGAGGGUGGGAGACUCGCCCCUACCGGGCUGUGGCCUAUACGCUGAACACAUGGCAAGUUUACAGCUACCAAAAUCAACUCAAUCAAAGAACUGCACACACUGAUGAACUUCUUCCCCUCAGUGUUUUAGUAGCCUUUUCUGGGUAAUAUUGUUAUGUGAAGUACUACAUAAUGAAUCCAUGUUACUGCAUGUUUGUUAAUCUUACAAAGAUUGAAGGUUUAUGUAAAGUUUUAAUACGCUAUUGUUAUGUUAAUGUCUAUUUAAUGUCUAUGUUAGCCAGUACAAUACUCAAUGGACUAGUGGGGCAAGAAAACCAAUGGAGAAUUGUUAGGGGGCAAACAAUUUUGGCCUUAUUCCAACAGCCUAUAAACAGUCUCUCUUUGACCUGGAUACUCACUAGCGCCUGGGAGUGGAUUAAAUAUUUACAAUUUUCUCCCAGUUCCAGAGCAGCAGCACACACACAACCAUGUCUUGGUUUCAGUACGCUUAAAGGGAAUCUGAUUCAUAGCCAAUUCACCACACACCACAGUUUACCAUCUUAUGAUCAAUAAGAAAACACUAGCGCAAGGGAAACGCAUGUUGAAUUGAAGGUGGUUUAAAAUAUUAAAACUGAAGUAACAGUCAGAUUGGAGGUUCACACUAAGUGUAACUGCCACAUUUUUCUAUGACUGUCAUCUCUGUCAUUGUAAAACCAUGCUCACUUUUUCAGGUGGGAGCCGCGGCAGGUAUGUGAACUAUUUGGAUUAUCUUUUCUUUGCAUGCUCAAAUAUAUGUUUUAUUAUAUUUUCUAAUGAGUUCUCUUAUCAGCCACAGGUGAUGGUGAUAAAAUAAUGUGCCAUUGCCCAAGCUUCCACGCUGUUCAACUGAUGAAACAGGUAGUGUUAUGAGAUUAUCAAGUCAUAAAUCAUUUUACUUUGUCAACCUUAUACUGAGUCAGGUGUAGGUUUGAUGUGCCCUGUGGUUGAGAUGUUUGAGCAGCCACACUGACCCAUGAAAUCUAACUAGCCAGCUAUAAUUCACACAGCAUUAGCCUGCCUGGAACGUUUGACCUCCCCCUUAACUCAACUGACUCCCUGUCUCUCUCCCAGGGGUCAUCACCCAACAGGGCCUGUUACACUGUCCUGGAUGACAUCAUCAGGAGGACUGCCCCAGACAGGUGCUUUGAGAUUGGACUCAUCGCCCUGAACGUGAAGGUAUCUUUUCUACUCUUAAUACUAUAUUAAAGAGAUAUAGAGUUGUCAUUUGCUAUAUAAAUAAAUUAAGUUGCACACAAACAGAUUGGGUCUUUCUGUCUCCUCGACUCCCUAACACUAGAUUGAAACCUAUCCUCUGUCCUCUAGGGUGAAGUAGGGGCUGCCUCUUCAGUGGAGUUUCCCUACACAUUCUGGAACCAGGGGAAGGACUAUGUGGAAACAAGUACUCAGCUUCCAAAUUCCACAGUAACGGAAGGCACAGAAGAAUGUGACACACAUGUACAGUGAAAUAAAGGGUGUGUCAUUGUUAUCGGUGAUGUCUUGAAUUUUAUUGAUAGUAAUGGAUAAUAAAACUAUUGGAUGAUUACUAUAAGGGUAUAAUUGUGCUGUCUGAAAUUCUAUUUUAAAGUAGGCCUAC